GGACCUUUCUCCCCUCCCUAGCCCACCCAUCCUAAGGACUCUGCUUCUCUUUGCUACUUGUCUCUUCUUACUUCUUUCAUGUUUCCUACGUGUACUGAAUAACUUCUUCUUGUUGCUUUUUCUGAUAUGAGACUCCUUUAGCUUUAGUGCUUUUCUCUCUCUGCUUCCUCUUCUGUCACUACUUAUAAUCCUUUUUUAAUUGCCUCUGCCACCCAGUCUGUGGGUUUCUUUCUCUCUUUCUACUCCUUCUGCUAUGGCUGCUGCUUCUGCUUCUGCUGCUGCUGCUUCUUCUUCUUUUUCUUCUUCUUCUUCUUCUUUUUCUUCUUCUUCUUCUUCUUCUUCUUCUUCUUCUUCUUCUUCUUCUUCCUCUUCCUCUUCUUCUUCUUCCUCUUCCUCUUCUCUUCCUCCUCCUCCUUCUUCCUCUUCCUCUUCUUCCUCCUCCUCUUCUUUUUAUUUUUUUCUGUCAUUUUUUUUGAAACAACAACCUAAGGACAGCUGCCUUUGGUUUGUUCUUAAUGUGAUACUUACUGAUAAUUUGGAAUAAACAAGGACAUCAACUUGUUCCUUUUCCUACAGCCUUUGCCCAAAUGAAACCCUUUUACUUCCUCUCUCAUGUCAAAAGUCUCCAGAGCUGGUUUUUCUGAUGCUGCAAUCUGCUACCUGGGAAAGAUACAAGUCUUUAAGUAUAAGGAUGAGGUCUGGAGGAUCUUUGUUCUCAGAGCUGCAGAAUGCAAUGUCUUUUUAACCAAGCAACCUCCCUUUCUUAUGAAACCCUGGCAUAGCCUUAGGAAACUUGAAGGUUGUUGACCCUUAACUGCCUUCAUCCCUUACAGGGGGAUUCUUACUCCUACUGCUCAGAUACUUGUGGUUUUCUUUGAAAUUACUUUAUUAUUCUUAAUUAUUAUUAUGUUCAUUACUUUUGUGUCUGAACGUGCAUGGUGGUUAUGCCUCAUGUAUGCCAUGGCAUGCAUGGAGAGGUCAAAGAAUGGUUUUGGAGGUUGGUUUUGUGUUUCCAUCUUUAUGUGAGCUCUGGGGGAUCAAUCUCAGGUUUCCAGUUUUCCACAGAAGUUGUCUUUACCAACCAAGCUACCUCAGGAGUUCAAAUAAUGGGAAUUGAGCCCAGAGCCCUGUACACACUAGCCACAGACUAUGCCACUGAGCCAUGCUCCCAGCUCAUGUGUAUUCUAUAAAAAGUCUAUUAAAUCCUCACCCCUAAACAAAGUAGGGACCCCAUUGUUUGAUGACAGGGUACCAGCUAAGUUGUGAGGAAACUGGCAAGCUAAAACACUAGGUCUAAUCACUUGUAAAGGGAGACCAUUAUUUUGAAGGAGAAACUCGGAUCAUCGAGCUUAUGUUUGAAUGGGCUGGUCGAUGAUAGGAAGGAUAGGCCAAGCAUGAUGGGAGAGAGUUGAGGAUCAAGAGAGUGGUCACUGUUCAGUCUCAAGAGGAAGUUCCCUGGUGACACCUAAAGAGAUCCAGAACUGCCCCCUGGAGGCUAGAGCAGGCAUAGCAAAUAUGUGACCCCAACCACAGUUGGAGGAUUGCUGAGUGGACAGGGUCACUUCACUUGAGGUGGUGCCUCUACCUUUCUGAUUCAUUUUUCCUCUAUUUGUAAGACGGGGAAUCAGGCCUAUCCUAUCCCAUUGGAUACCCCCUAGGCUCCACCCUGAAGAACUGGGGCAAGGCAACCUGUUUCCUUUUGCAAUAAAGCCUGACUCUACUAUGAACUGGGGGUAAAAGACUUGUCUUUAAAUGGAAGCCAAAAUAAAUACCAUACUACAAUUAUUGACAUGUUUUUCAGGCAUUGAAAAAAAUAGCAACUUAUAAAAAUAAAGGCUUAUGUUUAAGUCUCUUAUGUUAAAUACAUUACCAUCAUCCUGCUUGAUCUUCUUUGCAAGGGAAAAAGAAAGAAAAAGGUUUUCUUUGUUCUAAUUUGUAUCCUUAAAGGAAAUUCCAACUUCUGCAAAAGCUGCAGAUUGGAUCACAAUAUGAAGUUUUUAUUCAUGUGAGCUAGUCUCUUCUUUUUUUAGCACUUACAAAUGAUAUUAAUUAAAAAGUUCUGUGGGGAAUGAAAUUCAGUACAAUCUGGUCUUAUUGCAACAUGGAGGUCAUUAAACUAUUUGAAAUUUGAAAGGGUGGUAGCCCUUCAAUAUUAAGUGUACCCUCUGAAAGUCUUAUUUAUGAAUGAGAGCAGUGAUCACUCUGAGCUGAGAAAGAACUGGUUUCUGUUGCUCAUUGAUACCCAUUUUAAUGUCUGGGAAAUGCUUUGCAUGUUGGUGGUAGCACAAGGGUCCUGGGUACAGCCUGCUAUCACUCAUCAGCAAGUCUGUCCAGCAGGCACCAGUAGUUUCUCUGUCCUUGCUUGACCCUCCAUGCAAAAGUAACCAUUUGCAAUCAUCUCUCAAAGUCCUUCACUGGGACAGACAUUUCGUGUCCCAAUCUGCAAUUAAAAGAUUAGCAGACAAGUAGGUUUUGUUCUCUCUCUCUCUCUCUCUCUCUCUCUCUCUCUCUCUCUCUCUCUCUCUCUCUCAAUCUCUCUGUGUGUGUUAAUGUGUUCUCUUGUGUGAUAAUUCAUUGUUCAAGGUCUUUGGGAGCUCUUAUAAUGGCCACACCCAUCUGGAAUAUAAGAUUCAGUAACACUCAGAAUCGUAUGAAACCAAUAAUCAAUAUGAAAAACAGAACCAGGUGAUUCCUAGAGUCACAUGGGAAGUAGGUAACUUGACAGCUUCAUCUCCUCCACCCACUCUAACCUCUGGCCUCACCAGAUAAAUCCUUUCUUGAUUCCCAUAAAAUAUUUUCAGAUGUUCUUCUAACAUUAUUUACACAGGGAUGGCCCUGGAUAGCCUCUCAUUUCUUAUGUUGUUGUCCAUAUUCAGUCCCUGCCCCUCUUUUGAUGGGCAAUCAAAUUGGUUUGUUCCAGAAUUCAACAGAUUACUUUUUAAAUAGUUAUUCAAAAGGUAUUAUUGAACUGGCUGCUAUUCCAGAGGACCUGGGUUCAAUUCUCAGCACCCACAUGGGAGCUCACAACUGUCGGUAACUCCAGUUCCAGAGGAUAUGGCAUUCUCACAGAAACACGCAUGCAUGCAAAAAAGCAUCAAUGCACCUUCAAAGAUUCAAGGCAAAUCUUUGUGCUGGAGAGACGGCUCAGGAUUUAAUACCGUCUGCUCUUCCAGAGUCCCUAGUUCAACUCCCAGCAACCGCAUGGUGGCUUAAAACCAUGUAUGCUGGAUCCGAUACCCUCUUCUGGCAUUCAACUGUACGCCUCUCCUGGACCACAUCAGACACAUCAUAGCCUACACUGGAUUAAAUGAAACAAGUCUUUUUUAAGUUAAAAAAUAAAUUACGUGUUACGUAUACUAACCGGCUCGCACGAUCUUUCUCAUGUUUGAUUUUUGUCUUGUGUCUUUGAUCCUUGUUUUAUUUAGUAUUCUGCUACAACUGGUGUCUUCAACACCUCCCAUCCCCAAAAUGUGACUGCUGGUAACUGAGUGAUGCUAACCAUGACCAUCACAAUCACCUUCUUUGGAGAAGUCUAUGCUUCCUCAUCUGGAUGUUCUUUGUGACUGUGCCCUCACCCUGCAAGGAAUAGGAAGUGAACCACUGACCCUAUUCCCUAAAAUUUUCAAGAGCCUAAUGUUGAAAGUAGGCUAGCUGACCAAUAGUGUCUUCAAAUCAGGAUAUAAGGAGUCUUAGGUAACCCCUGAGGCUUAGGUACCAGAGUUAUGUUGUAAAUAUGUUAGUUUGGACUGGGCUCCACAGAUUGUGUGUGUGUGUGUGUGUGUGUGUGUGUGUGUGUGUGUGUGAAUGUGUGUGUGAAUGUAUCUAUAUGUGUAUGUGUUUGAAUAUGUGUGUGUAUGUGUUUGAAUAUGUGUGUGUGAGUGUAUGUAUGUGUGUGUAUGUGUUUGAAUAUGUGUGUGUGAAUGUGUAUAUGUGUGUGUGUGUGUGUGUGUGUGUGUGUUGGUUACUUGUGAUUUUCUCUCUAUAAUGGCCUAAAUCUGCUUCAUAGAGAAGUUUUCUUGAUCAGGAAUACAGAUUAAAUUUAACUCUGAGAAUAAGAACAAGUAUUUAGAAUGUAGUUAUGGGUUAUAAUGGUUUAAUCAAGUGGUGGUUAUAGGUUCGGCUCAAAGGUCUAUGAUUUCACUGUUCCUAGGUAGUUGGCUAGGCUUUGAACACCAGGACUGUUUCCCCCAUUGUUGAGUGUGCCUUAAGUCCAAUUAGACAGCUGGUGGUUAUCACCAAAGUAUGAGUGCUCCUACUGUGCACUCAGGGUUAUUGAACCACGGUAGUGGUCACUUUAAUUGAAAUAACUCUGAGCCCUCAGUAGGUUCUGUAGAUGCUGGUGGUGGAUGAAAUAGGUUUUAACAUUUGUUCACUCUCACCGGGUCAGUGCUAGGCUUCCCAAACAGGACAGAAAGAACAAGGAUGGUUGGCUUUACCUGGAUAAGGUCAAACUGCCUUCAGGAAUGUCGUCGUAUGAGAGUGUAUGCCUAGUGGUGUUACACUUUUUCUUAGUGAGCUUUUCAACUUUAUGGUUAUCUAAAUUCUAUCCCUUAUUUAUUACACUGAGUUUUGGGUAAAAUAGACUUUCAAAGGAUAAAGACCCCUUUUCUAAAAGUGGCCACACAUAGGAAAGAGACAACAGAGAGAGAAAGCUGUGCCCGUCAGAAUCAAGACCACUGUUGUCCAGCUUGGUGUGCUUUUAUUCUGAAGUCUGUCCUUGCUUUCUUGUUUGCUAAACUUCAAUGCUAGACUGCUGGCUCAAUCGUUGUGCAUAAGAACUUAGAGUGCUGUUGAGCUUGAAACAAGGGGAGACUUGAGACACUCCCAUCCCUGCAAGAUUUCCAUCUUGAAAACAAUUAGCGAUUGUCCCUUAACCUGACAGUAAUUCAUACAUCAAAAAGAAAAGUUUAAUUAAAACAAAUCAUGGAUAUUAAUGAUUCACCACAAAAUUCUCUUUUAUCUUGGUACCAUGAUCUGUACGGUACCAAGUCACAGGUGAAGUAGUUCUAAAUUUCCUAUCUUCCCUUUUAUAUUGGUUAACCAUUAACCUGUCACUAGUUAACCAUUAGACAGCCAUAAGUAUUGUUUAAUCAUUAAUCAUAGAAUAACAAAGAUUAUUGUCAUUAGAGGAGGUGUGCCUCUGGUUAUCCAUUAGCCAAGAAGUUGAUUGUUUCACAAAUGUUCAGGAGCUGCAGAACCUGCUUAGAAAGAAGAGUGGUAAGCAAUGAGUUCCAAACAGCAACUUGUAAAACUGAACGAUGGCCACUUCAUUCCUGCAUUGGGCUUUGGCACCUAUAAACCGGAAGAGGUUCCUGAAAAUAAACCACUGGAGGCUAUCCAUUUAGCUGUAGAGGCUGGGUUCCGCCAUAUUGAUACUGCCUAUGUGUACCAAACUGAAAACCAUGUAGGGCAGGCUAUUAAAAGCAAGAUUGCAGCUGGCAUUGUGAAAAGAGAAGACAUAUUCAUCACUACAAAGCUUUGGUGCACUUUCCAUAGACCAGAGAUGGUUCUAUCUAGCUUGGAAAAAUCAUUGAAAAACCUCCAGCUGGAUUAUGUUGACCUCUAUAUUAUACAUUAUCCAAUGCAAAUGAAGUCGGGGGAAGAUAUGUUUCCAGAAGAUGAGAAUGGGAAAACAUUAUUUGACACAGUGGAUCUCUGUGCCACAUGGGAGGCCAUGGAAAAGUGUAAGGAUGCGGGAUUGGCCAAGUCCAUUGGGGUGUCCAACUUUAACCGCAGGCAGCUGGAGAAAAUUCUGAAUAAGCCAGGCCUCAAAUACAAGCCUGUGUGCAACCAGGUGGAAUGCCAUCUCUACCUGAACCAGAGCAAGCUGUUGAACUACUGUAAGUCAAGGGACAUUGUUCUAGUUGCCUACUGUGCUCUUGGAUCUCAACGACCUAAACGAUGGGUAGACCCAAGCUCCCCAGUUCUCUUGAAUGAUCCAGUUCUUUGUGAUGUGGCAAAAAAGCACCAGCGAAGCUCUGCUCAGAUUGCCCUUCGCUACCAACUUCAACGUGGAAAUGUCGUUCUUGCCCAGAGUUACAAAGAGAAUGAGAUAAAAGAGAACAUACAGGUGUUUGAAUUUGAGCUGCCUUCAGAAGAUAUGAAAAUCCUAGAUAGCCUGGACAGAAAUUUAAGAUAUGCACCUGCUCCAUUUGGCCAGGGACACCCGGAAUAUCCCUUUUCUGAUGAAUUUUAAUGUGGAGACCUGUGACCUGAUUUCUCCACACAGUCUCAAUGUCCCCAGUGCGAAUGCUGAUAGGCAUUACAUCCCAGAUGCUGCUGAGUUGACAUAUUCUGUCACUUCUACUCAGACUGAGCUGCCUGACCAGACUCUUUCAUCCAGAACUGGGUCCACCAGUCCAGAAUAUAAAUCAUUACAUUUUCAACAUUCUUUGAAAGAACGCUUGUUAUAAAGUUCUUUGGUCAGGA